CCACACUCGGGUCGCUCCUCGGCCGCCUAGACUGGCCUACAUGAGCAAUGACGUGGGUGGAAGAGUGAAGAGAGUUUCAUCGAGUCUUCUCUCCUUGACAGAAGAACAGACGAAAUCUAUAAAUACACGAAUCGUUACUGCCCAAGUGUAACACGAUCUCAAUCCAUCAACUCAACUCACCAAAAAGAACCCAGCUUUCAGCAAAAUCAACCGAGAUGGCAGCAACCCAAAUCCCAGUAGUGGUUCUUGAAUCCUCCGAUGGCCGCAGGACCAUGCCUGUGCUUGGCUUCGGCACAGCAUCCAACAAUUUACAACCAGAGGUUUUGAUAGAAGCUGUUCUCGAGGCCAUCAAGCUCGGUUACCGCCACUUUGACACGGCUUCCGUGUACGGCUCGGAGCAGAGUCUGGGAGAAGCCAUAGCCCAAGCACUCAAACUCGACCUCGUGGCUUCUCGGGACGAGCUCUUCAUCACUUCCAAGCUUUGGUGUAAUGAUGCUCACCCUGAUUUGGUUCUUCCUGCUCUAAAGAAAUCGCUUCAGUCUCUUCAAUUGGAGUACCUUGAUCUGUAUCUGAUUCACUGGCCCAUCAGUGGCACGCCUGGGAAAUCGGUGGAAUUUCCCAAGGAGAAGGACCAAAUGCCGAUGGACUUCAAGGGUGUGUGGGGAGCCAUGGAAGAAGCUCAGAGACUUGGCCUCACCAAAUCCAUUGGAAUCAGUAAUUUCUCUACCAAGAAGACUGAGAAUAUGCUCUCUUUUGCUACUAUUCCUCCUUCAGUCAACCAAGUUGAGAUGAGCCCAUUUUGGCAACAAAAGAAGCUCAGAGACUUCUGCAAGGCCAACGGUAUGGUUGUGACUGCCUUCUCCCCAUUGGGUGCCAUAGGAGCCAGUUGGGGUACCAAUCAUGUUCUCGAAAGCAAAGUGCUCAAUGAAAUCGCCGAGGCUCGGGGAAAGACUGUUGUUCAGGUGUGCAUUAGAUGGGUUUAUCAGGUAGGAGCAACUCUUGCAGUGAAGAGCUACAACAAGGAGAGGUUGAAGCAGAAUGUGCAGGUGUUCGACUGGGAACUAACAGAAGAGGAUCUUGAGAAGAUCAAUCAAAUCCCACAGCACAAAAUGAUGGUUCGAGAAGAAGAGUUGGUUACGGCUACCGGACCAUACAAGUCCCUUGAUGAGUUAUGGGAUGGAGAGUAUUAACUUUACACACUAUGAAAAUGUAUGUUUAUUUGUAUAAAAAUAAGGUGCCAGGUCUCCGCCUGCUUGGCUGCUUCUGUGUUUAAUUGCUGCACUUGUUUUUUUUUUUUCUGUUCUGAGAGUGGUUUCCCGUGGCCCUGAUCAUUGUUGAUUUAGGUUGGGAACAAUCUUUCCUUUGUGUAAGUUUGGGCUAUGUUAUUCCAUCUUCUUGGGCUUGCUCUUUGUCAA